AUGGUAUCAGAGCGUCACCGGAGCUACGUUGCGGCAGUCGUGACGGGGAACGGAAACGGAGACGAUGAUUUCGCCGAUCCGGCUACUUCGAGUCAGAUUCUGACAAGUCUAAGCAGUAAUCAACGAGUGGAAGAGUUUGAUGACCCCAUGUACCUGCAUAUAACAGAGAAUCCGAACCUUGUUCUUGUUUCUCCCCUACUAUCGGAGGUCAAUUACGCCUCCUGGAGCAGAUCCAUGAAGAUCGCCCUUGAGGUCAAGAAUAAGUAUGGAUUCGUUGACGGAAGCAUAGCUAGCCCUGGAGAAUCAGAUCCUAAGUAUGCUAUUUGGAAGCGGUGCAACAAUAUUGUAUGUUCAUGGAUAUUCAAGUCCAUUAAUCCCACAAUCGCAGAAGGAGUUCUGUAUUUUGAAAUUGCAGCUGACAUUUGGAGCGUUCUUAAAAAGAGAUAUUCGCAAGUGGAUGCACACAGAAUCACAGAGUUACAGAAUGAGAUUUAUAGAUGCUCACAAGGUAACCUCUCCAUCAAUGAAUAUUUUACCAAAAGCAAUGCAUUAUGGGUUCAGAUGAAUGCUAUGAGGCCUAUUCCUAAGUGUGAAUGUUUGCCAAGGUGCUCAUGUACCCUCAUGAGUAAGAUUCAGAAAGAAAAAGAGGAGGAUCAAAUAAUUCGUUUUCUGGAAAGACUCAAUGAUGAGUAUGAGAAUGUCAAGUCUGGAAUAUUGGUUAUGGAUCCCAUUCCCACUAUGGAAAAGGUUCUCAAUAUGUCCUUAAAGAUGGAAAGGAAGCUUAAAGGUUCUGUGAGUUCCAGGAAUCUUGAAUUAGUUCAAGCUAAUACAGUUCAGAAUGCUCAAGGUGAUUUUGCAGAAGAGCAGGCUGUUGUAGCAGCAUCAACCUCCUAUAACAAGAAGAAAUUUAACAAUAAUUCAGGGAAAAAUGUGCCUAAGUGCACUUUCUGUGGGAUGCUUGGACAUACUGUUGAGAAGUGUUAUAAGAAACAUGGUUUCCCUCCUGGAUGGAUCCCAGGCUACAAAUCUAAAGGGAAACAGACUCAACAGACUCAGGACUCACAGCAGAAUUCAAGUGCAUGUGCUAGUCAAAUUGCAGAUGUUGGCAUUUCUGCUGAUCAGUUUCAGAAACUUCUAGUCAUGUUGCAAGAUCAAAAUCAAAGGGGCAAUUCCUUCAGCAGUGCAGCAGCAGCCAUUUCCAAUACUGGAAACAAAAUGCAGGAGCAAAAUGGAGGCAAGUUUGUUUCUAAUCUCCAUCUUAUUAAUACUAUCAAUUCUGUUGAUAAUUGGAUCUUAGACUCAGGGGCAACAGACCAUAAGCUCUUUGGAUUAUUUUGA